AUGCCUUCAGUAACAGCCCAGAUGCAAACGCUUUCGCUCGACGAGGCCCCAGCUACUCCCCGACAACAGCACAGCGACAGGUCGGGGGGCACAGCUGAGCCACACACCCAGAACAAGUCUUCGCGCAGGUCGUCGCGCCGCCGUCCUCGCCGAGUUAGUCCUUACCCAUUGCCGCCGCGCGAGGAGUGUCUCGAGGCCAAGAGCCGCGGAAAGUGCAUGUGCUUUGGCUUCUACGCCGACGCAGGUACUUUUCAAAAGGCGAUGAUUUCCCGCUUCCCCGACCAGCUCAAAGACAGAGAUCCAUAUGACAUGACAUUGCUCUGGUCGACUGUGCUAUACCUUCGCAGGAUCAUUGGAUGCGCAGACCUCGAUCUCCAUAUUGGAACUGUCUCUCAGCGAGUGAAGGAUCAGAUCCCUUCGAUCGAGGACGACGUCGGCGAGUCGGUCAUGAUUGUCGGUUUAUUCCCGCUAGAUGUGGAGGCAUAUGAGAGGAGGAUCACACAAGAAGGUGCAGAUGAAAUCAGCCGAUUUGUUGGGAUGCCCCCAACGUGGUGGGAGGCGAAACUGCUCUGUUGA